GUUGAUCGUUCAAGUUACCAUUUCAGUUACUAGCUUUCGUUUUUAAUUCUGUAUUUCAAGUCCAUUUUCGGUGCAAUUGUAUGUUUGUUCACGUGUACAACUGUCUACAAUUUGGAUGAUUAAAACUUUGAUGAAAAUGUCUAAACGUUACCUUUUCCUUAUCCAGUGGUGUGCAUGUUAGUGGGUGAAGGGGACGCAUCGACAGCAUCCACAACGUAUUUACUGAUAGCCGUAGAUUGAUUCUAACUGAAAUAGAACACAUUAAAUAACAUUUUGUGGUUAAGAAUAUAACUUAAAUCUUUAAAAAAAAAUAAAAAGGAUAUCUCCAUUUCAUUGUGUCUCGGAAUAUAUUUUGUAAUUGUGGUCUUAAAUCGGAAAGGUUUCAUGACAUCUUGGAAUGGCGGUGAAAUUAUCUAGGUCACAACUGCCGCUUUUGUUACAGAAGCUUCGGCCCUUGUUCCCAGAUAACAUUAAGAUUUGUGGAGAACUGAAAUGUAAAUUAGAAAACCGAUCUCAGAAACUUUGUGGUUUUGAUUUUUUGGUAGAUACAUGGCCAAAUUUCUCAACAGUCAUCUCGAGACCCGAUAACACCAACAACAGGUUGAAAUUCAUCGACAACCAUCAUUCUGUUUUGACACAGGAUCGGGAAAAGCUACGGGAAAUCUUAGAAAAUUCGGAUGUUAUCAAAUGGACGUCGCCUAUCGUACAAUUUGCUGAUGUUAGGGAAGAUUUGUAUGACGUCAUAUCCGAGGCAGCCGACAGUCAUGGUUUUCAUGCGAAGUUAAGUUUUACAUAUUUAGCAAUGUUUGUGGACAGCGAAAUGGCCAGUAUGCCGGUUCCCGAGGGACUAGUUAUGAGACCCCUAUCAGAGGACCAUGCUGAAAUUGUGAUGAACAAUGUAGACUAUAGUGGUGAAGGGAGUGUAGAGUACUGUAAAGAGCUGAUUAAGCAUUACCAAUCACUGGCAAUGUUUGACGAGAACAAUAACUUAGUUGCCUAUACUCUAGAAACUAACCACGGAGUGUCGGGAAUGGCACGGGUGAUGCCGAAUUACAGGCACAAGCAUAUUGGAUUGGUACUGUUGUCACAAUUUGACAAGCUUUUAGUUGAAGAGGGUCGAAGGAUGGGUGGGUGGGUAAAUGUAGAAAACAAUUCAAUGCGUCGUUUGAUGAGGAAGUUAGGAUGCACCGAGUACCCACAAAAACAUAUUUGGAUAGACUGUUUUAAAAAAUAAAUCUUGUUCAUAUUCAGCAUUCAGUAAUCGCUAUUGAAUCAUAACUGAAUAUUUGAGAGACGGUCUAAUUAAAAUUAAAUUUCUCGAAUACUUACCUAUAUUCAAGUUGUAAUAAAUAAUCUGAUUGGAAGAUAAAAAUUAAUUAAACCAAUAAGAUGAAAGGAGCAUUUAAAUUUAGGUAAAGUUUUUCAGAACAAUGCCGCUGAUUGGUCAACCUAUGUUCUAUAUAUAGCAAGUAGUAAAUGGUAUAGUAAUUGACCAAUCAGACGUCAGAUAAUAUUCCAGAUUAGAUUUUGACAUUAUAACACUUGUAAAAAAAGAACUCGAUGAAAAUUGUAUAGCAAUUGAUUAUUAAUUUGACAUUUUGAAAUCUAAAUGUGAUAACUACCUCAGAUUAUCGAUCAUUUUCCAAUAUUUUAACAUGAACAGAUAAUUACGACGAAAAACUCAAAUAAUAAAUAUAUAUAAAAUUUGUAUACGAGUUGUAGACAACUAUAUUUUUUAGGCAAUUGUUAUCAGUUAGAAAUAUUAUGAUUUUUGUUCAUGAUAAAGGUGCCAUAACAUCAUUACCUGUUGCGUAUGGUUGUUGAUGAUGAAAAUAGCCAUUAGGUCCGAACACAACUCUCAAUUCCGUUGCCAGAGAAUUGCUUUCGAAACUUUGUACCGCUAUUCUUAUUCGCAACCAUCCGCAACUGGAAAUCGCCAUGUUGU